UCCAAGAUGGCGACAUCACUUGGAAAACAACGUCGUCACAAGAUGUUGAACAUUUAUGAUCGUCUACACAAUUUUGAACUUGUUUGUUGUUGAAUUACUUAAGUAAUCGACCUCAAUCACUCAGAAUGUUUAACAAACCGAAGAGCUGGCUUACACAGGCCAUUUGGAAACCGAAAAAUCUUCAUUCUUUAGAUCAUCUCAAGUUCCUGUACACAGUGCUGUGUAAGAACCAGGCGAUCACUGACUACAAUCGAGGGCUCCUUAUCGAGACUCUUCGCUCCAUAUCCGAGAUCCUCAUCUGGGGGGACCAGAAUGACAGCUGUGUCUUUGACUUCUUCCUGGAGAAGAACAUGUUGUCCUUCUUCCUGCGCUACCUGCAGCAGAAGGGUGGCCGCUACAUCUGUGUGCAGCUGCUGCAGACACUCAACAUCCUGUUCGAGAACAUCAGCAACGAGACAUCUCUAUAUUACCUGUUGUCCAACAACCACAUCAACUCCAUCAUCGUCCACAAGUUCGACUUCUCUGAUGAAGAGGUGAUGGCCUACUAUAUCUCCUUCCUCAAGACCCUGUCGCUCAAACUCAACAGGCACACUAUCCACUUCUUCUACAACGAACACACAAAUGACUUUGCCUUGUACACAGAAGCAAUAAAGUUCUUUAACCACUCGGAGACCAUGGUCAGGAUAGCAGUGCGAACCAUCACGCUCAAUGUCUUCAGAGUUGAUGAUAAGGCCAUGCUGCGAUACAUCCGAGAUCGGACAGCUGCACCGUACUUCUCCAACUUGGUGUGGUUCAUUGGUCAGCAUAUACUUGACCUUGACCUAUGUGUGAGAAAUGACUCGGAUCACCGAAGUCGUGACCGCCUGUCUGAUCUGGUGGCUGAACACCUGGACCAUCUCCAUUACCUCAACGACAUCCUCUGCAUCAACAUCGAUGCCCUGAACGAGGUCCUGACUGACCAGCUCCUCAACCGACUCCUCAUCCCGCUCUAUGUCUACUCCCUGACCAAGAGGAAGAAAUAUGCAGAUGUACAGACGGAUAAGAAGCAUGUGAGCUCGGUUGUCUCCCUUUUCCUACUGUCUCAGGUGUUUCUCAUCAUCCAGUCACCACCCCUGGUGCAGCAGCUGGCCGAGGUCAUCUUCCAGGGGGACAUCAGCCUCACUCGUACCGGCAGCCAGCAUGACUCCCCUAAACUGAGGAUCCGCGAGUUCCGAGCACCGGCAGAAUCAUUGGAGAAGACCUUGGAGAACAAUCGCCCAAAGAUCCGGUACGGCCAGGCAGCGGGUGAUGAGAGCCAUGGACCAUCUACUACCGAAGGGAACUCCACCUUCUAUCUACAGCGGGACGAGGCAGCUGUAGCUGAUGGUGUGUCCACACCCUCCACAGAGGGAGCUCUGAGCCCGAGCAGUGAGAUCUACUCUGGGGACACCGACAUCUCUAGCCCAAACCAGAACUCCACUGACGAAGAGAAGCUUGUGCAGAGGAUGGGGAUAGUCUCAGGCAGCAUUUCCGAGAGGCAGCAGGCAGCCUUCACACUCGAGAACAGGCCAUACUUGGAGUCGGUGUUCAAUGCCCUGGAGUGUACAGAGAAUGACUACGCUGCCCUGUUUGCCCUGUGUCUGCUGUUUGCCAUGGGCAAGAAUGAUGGUAUCUCCCAACAGCUACUGGAUAGUGUUCUGAUGCCCACGGAGAGGUCCGAGGCAAAGGACCACUACAACAUCGCCCUGGUGGAAAGGCUCAUCAGGAUCAUCACGCUGGCCUGUCAAGCAAGCAGCAAGGUUCGACUGGCCACACUGCAGCUGAGCAUCAAGUUUCUGAGGCAGCUGGUGAUACAGGAGGGCAAGUCCUUCCUACAGGACCGCCACCUGGCCUGUAUAGAGAACGCCAGGGAGUGCAGCACUCAGAUGCUGAGGAACUUCUAUAAGAGUGAAGAAAUUUUCUUGGACAUGUUUGAAGAUGAAUACCGGGACAUGAUGAACCGCCCCUUGAAUGUGGAGUACCUAAUGAUGGACGCCUCCAUUCUCCUGCCCCCUCUCGGCACGCCGCUCACUGGCAUCGACUUCGACAAGAGGCUCCCGUGUGGGGAGGUGGAGAGGGCUAGAAGAGCCAUCCGAGUUUUCUUUGUUGUGCGAGCUCUGUCCCUGAUGCUGAUGGACCAACCGGAGAUGCAGCUGCCGCUUACCAAUGAGGACCGCUGUGUUAAAGUCGGGGACAAGCUGGAUCUCAACAACAGUGACCUGAUAGCUUGCACCGUCAUGACCCGAGAUAGUCGGAAACAAGAGCGUCGGUUCUUGGUGAUUGACCCGCUACAGUUGAUCCUGGUGGAACCUGACAACAAGCGUCUGGGCUGGGGCAUUGUGAGAUUUGUGGCAUUCCUACAGGACAUAGAGGUGACAGGUGACAAGGAUGACAGUCGGUCUCUCCAUGUGGUGGUCCACAAACCAUCGUCAUCCAUCCACGCCCGUUCUCUUCCUCUCCUGUCAGCCAGGUUCAUCUUCGACGACCACAUCCGAUGCAUGGCAGCAAAGCAGCGCCUCAUCAAGGGUCGUCUCAAGGCAAGACAGCAGAAGAUGCAGACCAUUGAGCUCCUCCUCGACAUCACUGGUCAAGCAGUCCGGUCCGGCUCCCCGGGCAGCUUCACCAGAUCCGGACCUAUUCCAGGUCGGAGUCACCCAGGUAGAGCAGUCAAGGAGGGUGAACAAACCAAAGCCAAAGUCCUCUCAGGAGGCAGCCAGGGUGCUCGACCAAAACAGCGGACAUCAGCAGCUGGUGAGCAGAAGAAGAUCCGUGGUGGCAAACAAAGCCCACUGCCAAGUGUACCUGCCAAAAACCGAAUGUCCAGUCGAGAUGAGGUGGAAGAAGCAGAGGAGGCCACCUCGGCCACAGCCUUCCAGUCUCUCAACCAGGAGAGUGGGCGCAGACCCAGCACUGGUAAGACCACACAGAGAUCCUUAUCCGGGCCCAAAAUCAACCCCCAGGUGCAGGAGAUUCCCAUGGAGGAUCUGUCUGUGAAGAGCAAGCACAGGAGUGGAUCCCUCGACAGCCGGGCCAAAUCAUUGCGCUUGGACCAUAACAAACAUGACCGACAUAGAAGCCACAGCCACAGUCCCCGCAGGGCCAAAGAAGCAUCUGUAUCAGUGAAAAAGGAAAGUCGGAGACUUUCUGGCCCACAGACAUUUAAAGCCAAAGUGAAACAGACAAGUUUAACAAUUGUCACUGCUAGUCCUCACAGCAAGAGUAAACCCAUUCCUGUAUCCGCCUCUCCCUCCCGACCAAGGAGUGGAUCAUCAUCAGAUGACAGCCCUGAGGCAUAUGAACGUUCACGUAGUCACUCAGGACAGUCCCCGAAGUCUCUGAGGCCAGCAGAGGCACCAACUCUCUCCCUUCUUCCUCAGCAAGGAAUGGCAGACAUGGUGAGCAUGGCAGCUGUGGAUUCGCCAAUACUUGUUCCACCCGCAGACCAACAAACUAUCCACAACGUUGUAGAGAUGAGCUCAAGCAGUGACAAAGACACUGUGAAGGCAGACUCCAAUGAUGAGGCUCUGCCUCAAGACACUCGGUCGUGUGACUCCAACUUAUCAUCAGACUCUAAUGGAGACAGCAGCGUCAGUGUGAGUGACUCGGGUAUCCAGAGUGAAGCCUCGACUACCAUUGCACUGUCGAGGCCUAGGACUGCCUCAACAUCAGAGCAGCUGGCUAAACUGGCUCAGAUGGUGUCAGAACACUACAGCUACUCUGGAGAACAGACUGUAGAACCAGAAGAUGAGUCUGGUUGACUGGACCGUGUGCAGGUCGUACUGUACUGAAGCCUUUCUUUUAGGGAUGUACCCACGCUCCUUCCCAGCGCGUGACACCUUCGUUACACUCUCUGUAACAUCGCUGCCACCAGUGUGGGCGCGGCCAUUACAUUGAAAAUUUGGCCUCUUACCCCAAAUGUAGGAAUGUUCAUACUUUUGUUUAUGUCUUUGGGAAUGCCAUCAUAAUGAAUCUUGAAAAGGUUUACGACUGACCAUGUUUUCCAGAGGAAUUUACUUUGUUGUUUGUAUAAUCAGAUUGGUUCGAGAU